GGCGGACCUGUACUCGGCGCACCCAAAACUCGGUGAAGUUCGUAAACGAACUCGGUAAAGUUCGAAACAAUAAUUUUGCCGUUUAAUGAUUGGCUAAUAUUAACGAAUGAAAAUUUAGCACAAAAGUUUUAAUUCGCGCUUCAAAAGCCAAAUUUUUACCGCCUUUAAAAUAAGUAUGAUAACACCUUUAGCUGAGUUCAUUGAAAGUAUCAAAGAAGAAAAAUUGGUUGAUUUUUUGCAACAAAAAAGGCUAAUGCCACUUCAAAAACUUUGUCUAUGUGGUCAAAGGAUGCUUUUGCAAAAUUAUGAACGUUGUCAAGAAAAACAUAUUUGGCGAUGUAACACUUGCAAAAAGACGAAGUCAAUUCGAGCAGGAUUUUUUGAAAGCUCUACAUCUUUAAGUAAGAUAAGCCUCAAAAAGAUAUGCAAAGAAGAUAAGCUACGAGAAGAUACCUUUAGAAGAUCGAUUAAAAAAAGAUGA